CUCCCCAACGGUGCCGUUGGACAAGCCGCUCGAAGAGCAUGCUCGACACUGAUUCCAGCCACCGAUUUCAGGUAUUCCAGCCGUAUCUGCGGGUGUGCGUGGUCCCUGGCGACAUUUGGAGCUGCGACACGCUCUCCACCGAUCCGAGUCUCGUGACCAAGAGGUAUCAUGGCUCAGCCGAGUCGAUAGACCCGACGGAGUCCAGUUACCCGGGAUACACGAAGUAUCCGACGGAAUUCUCCGAGACGAUAGACUCGUCUUUUGUGAUAGAGGACGAUACUUCCGACUUGACGACCGAAGCGGAGACUCCAUAUCCGUUAAUCGAGUUCCAGGAGUCACAGGAGCACGAGACCACGACGACGAAGACGACGUUGUCCGGCGACGGAGGCGUGAGAAACGUGUCAUAUCACAAAGAGGAGAAGUACCUGUAUGAAUACAGCAACAAUCGAAGACGAGCACCGUCGGCCUCGACGCAGAGGUACAAGAACAUCGUCAACGACCACUAUAAGCUGCUGCACGAACUGAUGAGUCGACUGCACGUCUAUAAGGAACUGUCGGUUGCGAUACCACCGGGCUUGGAACUAAAGAACAACACGAGCGUGGAGCCAACCAGGACUAUCGCGGUGCUUGCAACGCACGACCGCAAGCAGAACGUGUCGCUGAACUACGUGGUGCACAGCUUCGUGAUCGCGAGUAACGAGUCGCACAACAGCGACAAGCCGAGUAUGGCGACUACGCAGAGUUCUCAGCCGGAGAACGUGAUGACCGUACCGACUGGAAAUAGCCUGGAGUUGCUAAUUGACGGCUUGGACGCGGAUAACGUGAUAAAGAUCACGGACGACCUCGGAAACGAGCGAUACUUCACGAUUGACAAGUACAAGGCAGUGGCUCGGCGACUAAAGCCGCGGUCGGUCAGCGUGCUGGCGUGCACGAGGAACGUGCGUUUACCAAACCGAACCGACUGCGGCAAGUAUUACAUGUGCGACCCAAAGACCGCCGCGAUAGUAGAACACUCGUGCCCGCUUUACACCGCUUUCAACAUGAACUCGAGGAUCUGCGACACAGAAAGCGCAAAGACUUGUAGGGGCGGCGAGCGAGCCACGGGCGAGACGACGAUACUCGUCGGGCAAGAGACCGACGAAGAGGAGCACGGCGAAGAUUCGACGGAAGAAGAGGAGGACGAGGAAGAUGAAGAGGAGAAACCGUGCCGCGAAGUCGGUAAGAUAAAGGACUCAAGCUCAGACUCCCACUACUACAUCUGUUACAGCGUGUCGGGCUCCGAGGAGAUCAAGUCGAUCCGAAUGAUGUGCCCGAACACCUUGAUAUUUUGCCGGAGUAAGCGGGUGUGCACGACGAGACGGUUGUGCGUUGUCUCGCGAUGAGUGCGAGACUGACAACGCGU